ACUCCCCACUGGAAUUUGUUCUGAUCUUGACAUUCCUUCAUCCAUAAUGAGGGAUAGUAAUAUUUGCUUCUUGGAUAUUUUCUUUUAAGUAUAUGUUUAUUGAUUUCAGAGAGGAAGGGAAUGGGAGUGAGAGAUAGAAACAUCAAUGAUGAGAAUCAUGGAUUGGCUGCCUCCUGCACGCCCCCCGCUGGGGAUCAAGCCUGCAACCUGGGCCUGUGCCCCAGCCAGGAAUCCAACUGUGAACUCGUGGUUCACAGGCCAACAUGCAGCCACGGAGCCACGCCGGCCAGCACUCCUCGGGCAUUUAUGAAGCUACUUGGAGAAAAAAGACUCUGAGCUCCUGGAGGGUAAGAAGCAUCAUCCUUCAUCUGUGUGCUCAGCCCAAACCCCAGGCAGCACCCUCUGCUCCCCAGCCCGUGUGGUCCAGGAGACUCCGUUGCUAGGUGAUGCGUUCCAGAGUUCUGAACUAUUGUGGCCACUGGCGCGCAGUGGACCGGGAGCCCCUGGCCUGUCCACACAAUGGCCACGGCCCACGUUCCUUCUGAGCAGCACGAGUCUCGGGUUUAUCAGUAUGUCGUGCGGCUGGGCCGGUGCCUCCGGAGGCUCUGGAAUGUCUAUAUUAUGGGCUUCUUCGUUGAGGAGGAGAAAGAAUAUACACCCCAAAGCCAGACUAUUUUUCAUAAAGAAAAAAUCAUGGCACUUGGCCAGACACUGAAGAACAAAUCCCUGGCCAUCGAGGAGAGGGCUCAGGCCGCCUACAGGAUCGGACUGCUGGCCUUCACAGGAGGGCCCGUGGCCGGGAAGUUUGCGGCCGAGCACAUGAAAGAAGUGGCGAGCUUGCUGCAGAACGCCCAGGCGGCCCCCCACGCGAGGAUCCUGCUGCUCCAGAGCGUGGCCUGCUGGUGCUACUUGAACCCCAUCACCCAGAAGAGGGCCAAGUUCCUGCAGCUCGUCCCCGUUCUCAUGGCGAUUUUUGAGAAGGUCCCUGAGUCCAGCAAGACGGACGUCAACAACAGCCUCCUGGUGAAGUUCUGGGCGUGCUACACCCUGUCCGUCAUGACCUGCAACAACAUGUCCUACGUGGAGGAGCUGAGGGAGCACUGCAAGUUCAAGUACCAACUGCAGGCGCUGGCGCAGAAGGACUGGACGGGCUGGCCCGAGAACUUCGCCGAGGUGCUCUACUUCCUCAUCGGUUUCCACAGGCACUGACCUCUCGCUCCGGCCCGGCCGUCGGCACCGCCGGGGGGCCCU